GUUUAAUUCGAUUUAUUAUCCCCUCCACAAUAUUCUAAUGUUGUGGAGUAGGCUAUCUACCCUUUUCAGUUUUUUUCCCUUUUUUUCCCUCAUUCUCUGAAAAUAGCUUGGGUUCGUCGUUGCGAGGGUAGAUUGUGGUGAAAGAUACUCAAUCCCUCAAACUGAGUCGUGUCAUGGAUGGCAAAUUUAAUUUGCAUCUACGUAAGAAAUCGGGGAAUAUAGAAUAACUGCUGCUGACAGAGACAAGGACAAAUGACAUAGGAUGAACACUGCUGGUCAUCUCUGUCUGUCUGUGCUGUCAUCCCUCUUUGCACUGGCCUGGGCAGUGGAGCCUCAGGGCCAGGCUGCCCCCUGCUCCUCUCUGGUGGCCGGGGUCUUAUACGGCUCCUUCUCGCUCAGGGAUCUCUUUCCCAGCCCGUCAGCUCUGGCAUCUGGAUGCUCGUGGACUGUGGAGAACCCUGACCCCACCAAGUACUCACUCUAUUUCCGCUUCAAUCGUCAUGCCGGCACCUGCUUAGCUUUUUCCCCGGUGGUUCUGCCCCUGGAUCACUAUCUCUCAAAUCAGACUUGUGGUCCCCCAGACCAGCCCUUUCCUUCAGACUCUGAAGCCAUUGAGCUCUGCAUGGUCCCUGGACCACACACCUUCCUUCAGUUUGAUAAAAACUUUGUGCAGUUUUGCCUGACUGCUCAUCCCAGCCCCGAAAACGGCAGCGAUGACGAACCAGGGACAUCCGAGGGGCAGGCACCUUUGUCGGCAGAAACUCUGGACUUCCGGCUCGUAGAAGUUUUGCUCAUCAACAACGAGAACUCCAGUCAGUUCACUUGUGGAGUGUUGUGUCGAUGGUUUGAAGAAUGCUUGCAUUUUGGCUCAGGAUGGGAUGUCGAUAGUUGCAGUAUCACCCAGACGGGUUGCGUGUGUCCCAAAACCGCCCCUCCAGUGUCACUUCUGCCCACCAUAGCUCACAACCACUCCUUGGACCCCAGUGCUAGUGUGUUGCAAUCACCGCCUGACGACUGUUGUGUCACACAGCUGCAUUCAAAAAAUGGCAUCGCAAUAGCACCAAGGGAUGUCCGGCAAGAACCUGACGAUGACGAACAGAAGGUGAAAACACAGAGGCCACGGUCAGCUGACCAGCCAGGUGUGUUCCAGGCACAGACAGGUGACCCAGCAGCAGAGGAGUGGUCUCAGUGGAGUGUGUGUUCGCUGACAUGUGGGCAGGGUUGGCAGGUUCGUUCACGUUCGUGUGUGUCCUCUCCUUACGGGACCCUCUGCAGUGGCCCUCUGAGGGAGACACGACUCUGCAACAACACUGCCACCUGCCCAGGUGAGCCGCAGCAUCAAGCAGUGCAUGGGCUGUGGGAGGAGUGGUCUCCUUGGAGCUUGUGCUCUGCCACGUGUGGCCGUGGCUCUCGGACCCGGAGCAGGAUCUGUGUGGUACCCCAGCAUCAAAGCACGGACUGUGGGGGGCCUGAGGUGCAAACCAAACUCUGCACUAUAGCUGUAUGCCCUGUGGAGGGGCAGUGGUUGGACUGGGCAUCCUGGUCUGAGUGCUCCAUUUCUUGCGGUUCGGGCAAUCAGCAGAGGCAGCGGCGGUGCAGUGUGUCGGUACAUGGCUGGGCAGAGUGUAAGGGGCCGCAUGCGGAAACUCGUGAGUGUACCAACCCAUCUUGCGGGGGUGGAGGGAACUGGGGUGCAUGGAAUCACUGGAGCCUGUGCUCCAAGACCUGUGACUCUGGUUGGCAGCGGCGCUUCCGUAUGUGUGAGGGUACUGGAAUCCAGGGUUACCCCUGUGAUGGGUCCGGAGAGGAAGUACGUGCUUGCAAUGAAAAGAAGUGCCCAGCGCCUCAUGAAAUCUGCAAAGAUGAGUACCAAGUAUCCAUGACGUGGAAGAGAGCCUCAGUUGGAGAGACUGUGUACAAUAAGUGUCCAUCAAAUGCCACUGGAUCUGCUAGUCGUCAUUGUUUGCUGGACGUUAAUGGCGUUGCUUACUGGGGUCCUCCGAGCUUCGCCCGAUGUGUCUCACUUGAAUAUAAAUAUUUACAUUUAUCUUUGCGAGAACAUCUUGCGAAGGGUCAGAGGACCCUGGCGGGGGAGGGCAUGUCUCAGAUCGUGAGGAGUCUCCUGGAGUUAAUGUCCCGUAAUAAUUAUUAUAGCGGCGACCUCUUAUUCUCUGUGGAGAUUCUCCGAAAUGUGACGGACACCUUCAAGCGAGCAACCUACAUCCCAGCUCCUGACGACGUGCAGAAAUUCUUCCAGAUAGUCAGCUUAAUGUUGGACAUUGAAAACCUGGAGAAGUGGGAAGAUGCUCAUGAGGUCUCUCCGGGUUCUGUGUUGCUGAUGGGAGUUGUGGAAGAUUUCAUUCAUCUAAUUGGAGAGGCUCAAAAACCCUUCCAGAGCUUUUUGGUUGUCACCAACAACUUCAUAAUCACCAUCCAGCGAGAGCCAGUUUCAGCUGUUUCCAGCGACAUCAACUUCCCCAUGAAGGGGAGGAGAGGGAUGAAAGACUGGGCACGCUCCGCAGAUGACAAACUCUUCAUACCCAAAGAGGUCUUCACCCUGUCUUCAGAUGAAUCAGAUGACACACCGUACUUCGUCAUUGGAGCCGUUUUGUACCGCACCCUUGGCCUCAUCAUACCUCCACCUAAAGAUCCAUUUGUGAUCAGCUCAAAGAUUCUGACAGUGACGGUACGUCCUUUACCCAAGCCCUCCGGGCCCUUGGUAGCAGUGGAACUCGCCCCUUUGCUCAAUGGCACAACAUAUCCACAGUGUGUCGUCUGGGACUACGGAAAACCAGAGGCUGGCGAAGAAAACUGGGACGCAGAGAGCUGCCAAACGCUCCCAUCACCAGCAGCCUCCCACACCAAAUGUCUGUGCAGCAAGCUGUCCACCUUUGCAGUAUUAGCGCAGAAAGCUAAACAACCGGGUAUGGGACCCUCCAGUAUGCCUUCUGUGCCCCUCAUGGUAGGCUGUGGCAUAUCCUGCACGGCUCUUCUCAUUCUGCUGCUCAUUUAUGCUGCCUUCUGGAGAUACAUCCGUUCAGAGAGGUCCAUCAUCUUGGUGAACUUCUGCAUGUCCAUAUUGGCCUCCAAUGUGCUUAUACUGGUGGGACAGUCCCAAACUCUUAGUAAGGGGCUGUGCACUGUGACUGCUGCCUUUUUGCACUUCUUUUUUCUGGCCUCUUUCUGCUGGGUACUGACAGAGGCAUGGCAGUCCUACCUGGCCGUGAUUGGCAAGAUGAGGUCCCGCCUCAUUCGCAAGCGCUUUCUGUGCCUGGGCUGGGGUCUGCCUGCCCUUGUGGUUGCUGUAUCUGUGGGAUUCACCAGGGCCAGAGGUUACGGCACUCCAAGUUAUUGCUGGUUGUCACUGGAAGGGGGGCUGCUCUAUGCAUUUGUCGGUCCUGCUGCUGUCAUUGUACUGGUCAACAUGCUUAUUGGAAUAGUGGUCUUCAACAAGCUCAUGUCUAGAGAUGGCAUCUCAGACAAGUCCAAAAAGCAGAGAGCAGGCCCACCGUUGGAGGCGCGUAGCAGGCUGCUCCUGAAAUGCUCCAAGUGUGGCGUGAUUUCCAGCACAGCCCUGUCCAGCUCAACCGCCAGCAGCGCCAUGGCAUCUUUAUGGAGCUCUUGUGUGGUUCUCCCUCUGUUGGCGCUCACGUGGAUGUCAGCAGUGCUGGCUAUCACAGAUCGCCGCUCCACCCUCUUCCAGGUGCUCUUUGCCGUUUUUGACUCAGUCCAGGGCUUCGUCAUCAUCACCGUGCACUGUGCCAUGCGCCGAGAGGUGCAGGACGCAGUGCGCUGCAGGAUGGGUGGCUGCAAAGACGACAGUGAAAACUCUCCGGACUCAUGCAAGAACGGCCAGGUGCAGAUCAUGACGGACUUUGAGAAAGAUGUGGACUUGGCAUGUCAAACAGAGAGAGGACACCCAUUCAUCUUUAAGGAGGUGAACACCUGUAACCCUGCUACCAUAACUGGCACUCUAUCCCGCAUCUCGUUGGAUGACGAGGAUGACCUCAAGCUCGCAGCCCACCAGGAAGGAAUUAACUUCAGCAGCCUUCCUGGGAACAUCCCUCCCCCUAACCUCUUGGUCCAAGUGCCUCCUCUGGGUCCUCUGAACGAGCUCAGCGAGCAGCCACUAACGAGGGAGGUCAAUGUGGAGCAGCAAGGUCAGCACCAGCGAUCUGGACCCAUCUACCUUUGCACUGAAAGUGGGCUGGGAUGGGCCCGACCGAACCCUACUUCCACCCAAGAUUCAGCUGGUGGUGGAGGUGGGGAAGGGGACUAUAUGGUGCUCCCACGUCGAACAGUCAGUCUCAAGCCCCCUCCUCCUCCUCAGGAUGAGGGUAAGCCCCUGAACAUUACAGUAGAUGACCCACCCUUUCCUCCACCCCCUUCACCACUGACUUUACAUCCAGCUGAGAGCGAGGCAUACCCUGCAGACUUUGCAGCCAUGGACCACAUCAACAUGAAUCUAAACCGCUCCUAUGGCACACUAAAACAGCUGCCAGCCCAUGCUGGGCACCCACACUCCCACACCCUGCAGGUCAAGCAGAAUCGGCCCUCUGUCCAGCAGAUCCUCACCUCUGGCACAGUGGAGCGCACCAGAACACUUCCUCGCAACCUAGGCAGCACCAACACCAGCCUCUCAGCUGGAUCUUUGGAAAAGAAAAGAGUACGGUACUCUGAGCUGGACUUUGAGAAAGUGAUGCACACUCGCAAAAGACAUUCAGAGCUGUAUCAUGAACUCAACCACUCCAACAAGUUCCACACCAUAGACAGGUAUAACAGGGACCCUGCCAUGUCCUCCUUCAAGAGGGAAAAGCGAUGGAGCAUUUCAUCUUCAGGAGGUGAAAAGAAUUCUUCGAGUGACAAGUCGACCACAGAUGACCAGCGAUCUUGGGACAGCUUUAAGACCAUGACCCCUGAGCAGAUGUGUGGCACCAGUGAACAUAAGGACAGACUGGAGUUAAGCAGUAAACCCUGGGACACAUCAUCCGUCAACACACCUGACACAUCUGAUGGGGACUUCCAGACUGAAGUGUGAAGAGAACACACAUCUACAACAAACUAAAGAGAAAACUAAAUGCUCUUACAAACUUACACAGUCAGUGAUCUUCGGUAAGACAAGUUCUAGAGGAUUCUGUUCUUGCUUACAGGUGGGAGAGAAGAUCAGAUGAUCAGAGAAUAACAGUGCUCUAUAUUUUCACACAGAGACUUUACAUGAAAGAGUGAGGGUUGGAGAGUAUGGUACAAAUUUUUAACAAACUGUUUCUGACCUGUCUUGAUUUUACUCCAGAAAGGAUUCUGUUUCACCUGUUUGAUGAUUUAGAAAUUUAAAAAAACUAAUAAUAUUUCUGCACCCUUCAUUUGAUAUUGAAAAAAAAAAAAAAAAAAAGAAUCGGAUGAUUCGCACACUGUUUAACCCCAUAUGGUUUUUCCUCCUUUCUGUAUUCUCAUUCCUUGGAUGAUUCAAGUUCCGCUUUUUUAUUAUUAUUAUUCAUUUUUCAGUGAGAGGGAGGGGGAGGUUUAAAAGUGUUCAUUAAAAUGUGCCAUCCACUGAUUGUUUCAAGCAAACUGGCCUCACAUAGUGUCCUCACAUCCUUCUUUUAGCUUUGUGUUUUUCUAUAUUUUUAUUCAGAAAGUUUCUUCAUGCUUGGUUUGAUUUUUUUAUUUUUCUAAAAAAAAAAAAAACUUAACCUAAACUUUAGGUAUCAUUUUUGGGGUCUUUAUAAUCAUCAUGCUGUGCAAUACAUGCAAUUUAAUGUUACAUUUGCAGCAUGCAUUCAUUCGCACCAGGAAAGCAUUUUUUUUAUCCCACACUGCUGUGAACUCAACCUUCAAUCCAACGGAUACCAACCAACUGGAUAACAUUAUUUCUUCCCAGUUAGGAAAAAGCUUUCGUAUUCUGGAACAAGCUUACCCAGUAAGAACUGUUUAUUUUAAAAUAAUAGUUCCCCCAAAAAUGACUGCUCUGUCAUAAUUAACUCAUCCUCAUGUGGUUUCAACCCCAUAUGACAUACAGUACUUUCUUCUGUGGAGCACAAUAGGAGAUGUUAGACAAAAUGAUAGCUUUAGUCACCAUUUCACUUUCAGUGUAUGGAAAAAAGAUGCAAUGAAACUGAAUUGUGACUGAGACUUACAUCUCCUUUUGUGUUCCACAGAAGAAAGUCAUAUGGGUUUGGAACAUCAUAGGGGUUAGUAAAUGAUUAUAGAAUUUUAA